AUGGCGGUCCGUAAUCAUGUGUAUAAUCUCGGAAGAUGGGCCACUUCAUUCAAAGACUUUUCAGCCUACUUUCUCGCACAAGCUCUUUAUUUCUUCAAAGACGCCUUUUGCUUUUCCAUCUACGAUGAACUGGUGAUUCCAGUCAGGAAGGGUCUUUUUGAAAUUGUUCAAAAGGCUCCAUCGCUCGAAAUGAGAAAGUUAACGGAAAAUGAAAGAGAGCAUUGUAAAUAUCAGUUACAACAGAUCAAAGAACAGUAUGGAUCUACCAAAGGUACCCCACUCGAAACGAUCGAAGAAGAAGAAAAAUCAUUGAACCUCACAACCAGUAUUUGUGAAUGGUUGAAAGCGUUGAGGUUUUUUCAUGUCAUCAUAGGAUGGGACAUUUUGUGGCUAUCUCUAUUUAUGAUUUUGUCCAUGAGCUUGGACAAUAUUAAAUUAGUACUGAGAGGCCACAUUUUCGACUUGUUGGAACAUAAUUUCUCAGAAGGAAAAUUUUCUUCUUCGGAACCUCAUGCUGAAGAACUUUCAACCUCCUUGUUGAGGAAUGCUCUUCUACUGAUUGCGAGCCAUUGUUUCAUGUCCAUGCUCACCAAACUUGUGUACUAUGCCAGUAGAUUAUGGGAAUAUGUCGAAAAGGAAGCCAUUUCAGAAUUUAUGAGAGAAUUAGUCUUGCUCAAGGUAUCCAAGAUUGCCAUGAGUGAGAAACAAGAACGGUUCAACUUUGGAGUAAUUUCCACGAUUCUAGAUGAAGAUGUUUCUACAAUUAGUAGCUCUAAAUAUGUCUUGUCGGAGACACACUCUCACAUUGGAUAUUUAAUAAUUAGCUUCUUUACAAUGGUUUAUACUGUAGGAUUCUUUGCCUCAUGCUGCUCAUUUACAUUUCUAUUGCUCACUGUUCCAGUUUAUAUUUAUUUCAUCAAAAAGCAAGAACGCACGCGAAAAGAAAACCUUGAAAUGACAGACGAAAAAUCAUCUGUACUCUCUCAAUUUAUUCAUGCUAUGAAGCUGAUCAAAGUGUUUGCUAUUGAAAAUGUUUUUGUUAACAAAUUCGAAAAUAUUGAGGCAAAAAUCAGACAAAACGUAAAUACGAAUAGUUGGAUGGAUUUUCUCAUUGAUUCCAUAUAUUACUUGCAAUCAUUCAUGGUAUCUUCCAUUUGCUUUUUUGUUUAUUCGUAUAUAGAAGGCAAACCCAUCACGCUUGGAUUGGCUCUCACAGUCAGUAGUCUGGCAGAUUAUUUGAGGUGGCCUUUUUACAGCUUGGCUUCUGAUUUAAGACAAAUGAGUCAAAUGAGAAUUUCUUCAAAAAGAAUAGCCAAUCUUCUCAUGUGUAAGGAACAUAACUAUCACACUGAAUUCACAACAGAGGUUGGAGUGCUAGUCGAUAUGCAGAACGUGAGCGCAAAAUGGAAUUUUGAAACUUGCAACAACAACACGGACGACGACUCAAUCAUUAGAAAUAUUUCAUUGAAAAUUCAUGAAGGAGAACAUGUGGCUCUAAUAUCAAAGGUUGGAAUGGGAAAGUCCACUUUGCUAUAUACCAUUUUGAAUGAGACAAAUGUUAUUCAAGGAAGUGUUCGUAUUAAGGAAGGACUUUCCAUUGGUUUUGUUUCUCAAAAUGCAUGGAUACGAAACGGUACCAUUCGAGAAAACGUUGUAUUCUGUUCCAAUUUUGACCAGAAACGGUACGAGAUUGCAUUAUGGGCUUCAGAUUUCGCCUUUGAUGUUGAACAGAUGACCAACAAAGAUGACCAGAUUAUUGGAGAAAGAGGAAUCAAUCUCAGUGGUGGACAGAAAAUUCGCUUGUCCUUAGCCCGAGCUCUCUACCAUGAUUGUGAUUUGUACUUACUUGACGAUAUUUUCUCUGCCGUUGAUAUUCACACCGCAAGUAAUAUUGUGGAGAGACUCUUUCAGAGUGAGAAUGCCUUGUUGAAAAAUAAGAGUAUUCUACUAGUCACACAUCAAUUACACCUGUUAAAGAUGAUUGAUCGAACAUUUGUGAUGAAUAAGGGUGAGAUUAUUCAGCAAGGAACAUACAGCGAAAUCAUUAAUAGUGAGAAUAUUUCUGAUACAUUGAACGAUUUGCUCUCUUCUACCUACAACGUUCAAGAUGAGACCAAAUCGAUAUUCCAAACAUCUCAACAUUUAACAGAAGAAAGUGACAAUGAUGAAGAGGAAGAUGGCGAGUCUCCAUCUGAUCAACAGGACGAAGAGGUCAAAGAAGACCCAAAAGUUAUACAAAUCAUUGAAUUCAUGAUGUCUCUCGGAAAGAAGAGCACCAUCUUUUUAUUAGGCAUUGUUAGUCUUGCAUUGAUAGAACAAUUUGCUCCAGUUUUUAAAGACUAUAUCCUUUCAUAUUGGAUUAUGGAUGAGCAGUAUGAAAAACAUUCAUUGGGCUAUUAUUUAAGCCUAUACAAUGUGGGUGGAUUUUGUGAAAUGAUAUCAUACACGCUAAAUAGUGUAGUGCUUGCAUACUUUUUAUAUCUUGUUGGAGAUGUGUAUCAGUCAUUGAUUUUGGAAAAAUUAGCUCAAUCCAAGUUGAAGUUAUUUGAAACAGUCCCUUCUGGAAAAAUUAUUGAGAGGGUCAAUGACACCAACGAGAUUCGAGAAAAUAUUAGAUACAUGUUUCAAUACUUUGUUUCGAGUGCUUUCAAAGCGUUGGUUACUGUUAUUAUAAUACUUUUCACAGUACCCAUAUCUAUUUUAUUAUUUGCCAUUGUUGCUCCGAUAACCAAUUAUUAUAGAAACACCUACUCCACUAUUGAGCAACAAGUUUUAGAUUAUCAAACAUCAAAUCUUCAUGAUCCCACGCAUACCAUCUCAAGUGAAAUUCUUGAAGGAAUUGACACAAUUAGAGCUUUUGAUAGAGAGAAAAAGAUGACGGCUCUCAUUUAUGAAAUUAGAGAAAAGAAACAUUUUACCAACAAGUUAACGUAUUGCACUGAGUUACUUUGGAAUUGGUUUUCAGUGAGAUGCGGUUUUGUUAGAGAGCUAACAACUUCUCUAAUUGUUUUAAUCAUUUUUUUAUAUUAUUAUAACAAUUAUAAUAAUGAGCAAAACGUCAAUCCAUCCAAUAAUGACACCAUGUCAACGACUGAAAAGUUGAUACCCAUCCAAGUUGUUAUUGCUCUCUUCUAUCAGAGAAUGAAAGAUCUAAUUGAGUCCUCAGAGACACUAUUUUACACAUUUACAAAAACAGCUACUUCUUUUAGGCCAGUUCAAAGAAUUCUCAAUUUUGUGAAACAACUUCCAUUAGAAUCUCAUGGGACUCAAUCAGUUUUAGAAAAGCCAAAAGAUUUACAUUUUGAAGGAACCAUUGUAUUCGAUCGAGUGAGCAUGAAGUAUUCUCCAGAGUGUAAUUUUGCCCUUGAUGACAUUUCAUUUAGCGUAAAACAAGGCGCUAAAUGUGGAAUUGUUGGAAGAACUGGAAGUGGCAAGAGUAGUAUAUUUAAUUGCAUUCUUCGAUUACAAGAAAUUGAGAAGAACGAAGGAGCUAUUUACAUUGAUGGAACUGACAUUCGAGAAUUACCCAUUAGGGAUUUACGAAAGAGUAUUACAUUUAUUCCACAACAACCUAUUUUAUUUAUGGGAACUUUACGAGAAAACAUGGACUUUGAAGGAGCGUUUAGUGACAAAGAAAUUAUAACAGCACUCGAACAGGUGGGAUUGCUGCACACCUUAAAAGAAAAGUCUGCCAUUGUGAAGAGAGAGGAACAAUCCAUUCUUGAUAUCAAAAUUACUGAGAAUGGAACCAACUUCUCGAGUGGAGAAAAACAGCUCAUUUGUCUGGCGCGAGCUCUAUUGAGAAAAACAAAGAUAUUACUGAUGGAUGAAGGAACAAGUAAUUUAGACAAUUUCACAGAUUCCAUCAUUCAAAACACGUUACGUGGACCACUAUUUUCCAAAACCACUGUUUUGGUCAUUGCCCAUCGAAUUGAAACAGUCAAAGAUUACGAAAAGAUCAUUCUCAUGAGUGAUGGUAUCAUUGCCAAACAAGGUUCAGCAGAUCAAGUGUUAAUGUUGUCAGAUGAUGCCAUCAUCGAAGAAACGAGUGAUUAG